AUGUUGGGGCCCAGAAGAGGCCCACUCCGAACUGUGGCCACUUCAGCACGUGGGGCGCUAGUUUUCCUGCCGGCCGGGUUGAUUGGGGGUGCCCAGUCCAUCGGCAAGCUGCGAACGAGGGGGGACACGUUGCCCAUCACAGUCCCUCGCAAUGGCCCCUACACCGCUGACACGCCAUCAAACACGGGGUUCAUUACGGGCUCCAAUGGCUCCAGUAAGAACUCCAGCUCUGACAACGUGGCUGUAGGAGUGCCUCUGCUGAAUUCUGGCUCCAGUGGCUCCAGUAAGAACUCCAGCUCUGACAACGUGGCUGUAGGAGUGCCUCUGCUGAAUUCUGGCUCCAGUGGCUCCAGUAAGAACUCCAGCUCUGACAACGUGGCUGUAGUGCCUCUGCUGAAUUCUGUUCUCGUGGGAAAACUGCAGAAAGACGAGCACCGGAACUCCCAAGACUCAGCCAUUGGCUCCAAUGGCUCCAGUAAGAACUCCAGCUCUGACAACGUGGGAGGAGUAGAAGUGCCUCUGCUGAAUUCUGGCUCCAGUGGCUCCAGUAAGAACUCCAGCUCUGACAACGUGGCUGUAGGAGUGCCUCUGCUGAAUUCUGGCUCCAGUGGCUCCAGUAAGAACUCCAGCUCUGACAACGUGGCUGUAGUGCCUCUGCUGAAUUCUGUUCUCGUGGGAAAACUGCAGAAAGACGAGCACCGGAACUCCCAAGACUCAGCCAUUGGCUCCAAUGGCUCCAGUAAGAACUCCAGCUCUGACAACGUGGGAGGAGUAGAAGUGCCUCUGCUGAAUUCUGUUCCUGUGGAGCACCCAAGCGUGAACAAGCACCCUGUCAACGCCAGUCCUGACGGAAGCUCUGAAAAACUGCAGAAAGACGAGGACCAGAACUCCCAGGACUCAGCCCUUGGCUCCAAUGGCUCCAGUAAGAACUCCAGCUCUGACAACGUGACUGUAGAAGUGCCUCUGCUGAAUUCUGAUGAAGAGAGAUGA